AUGGAAUGAUUUUUACAAAAUACAAAGAGACGAUGGCAAAGGGUUGAGAAACAUUGUGAAUUCCAAGUGGCGGGUGCAAGCGGUUCGAGGAACCUAGCCAAAACGGAUGUCCGCGAGCAUGAGUCACGAGCGCACCCCACCGUGAGUGCUCUUUUACUUGGAUUCAGCAUCUCCGAAAGGGACGUCUAUAUAAGAUACGAGUGGUACCGGUGAACGCUCAGAGUAACCUGGUUCACGGAGAAAGCGUACGGUUCGAGAGUGAAACCUGACCUGGACCUAGCGAACCCACAGCUAAUUCAUCAAACAUCUUUAGUGUGUGAAAAAGGAUUUUUAACACCGGAGGAUUUCACCGGACGAAACAAUCAGUACUUGGAAGACACGAGCCGACGUCGUAGUGUAGGCGUGUUUUACGAGAGUAUCGCGAGAAGACCUGUUUAGCGACUUUCUCCCGACAUCCUCUCGCUUUCGUUGGUCGGUCUUCAUUGUUCGAACGAUUCACCGGUAGUCACUUUUCCCGCGUCAGUCCUACAGUUAACAGGCUUCUUUCUCCUCCGUCAAUUAGAAUGAAGCUGUGGUUCAUCGGGUUACUCGGCAUAGUGAUGCACAGUCGUGCGACUCAGGUACCAGUGAACAAUCCCGAGUGGUCAUGGCAGCCGAAUGACGGAUCCGAGAAAGUGGAAACGCAAGACAAGAGAGCUACCUUUGAUGUCAACACUAACGCGAACAUCGAAAUCGUCAAUGCACCCAACGUACAACGAUCGGUGGAAUCAGUAGUUGAUGAGAUUCUCGUCUCAAAUCGACAGGGUCGGAACCUGGAAGGCUUCGACCAAGUGUACGCGGACCCGGACGUGAAGAACGCGCUUCAAUUAGGAAACGACACGCUGGCUCGCAGCUACAUCAGAGACAAGCUGUGCGGGCUUGGACUCAUGAACUGCGAAGACGCGGAGGGCCGUCGACCGUACUACUCCCCGCAUCGCGGCAUUUAUCCUCAAGACAUAAUCUACGCUCAACCCGUAACGAUCAAGCCCGUGGGAAGACCUCUACCAGCUAUUCCAGUGAAACGGCCCUAUGGCUCGUCGAUCAGACCAGGCCCGCCUCAAUCACCUGGAUUCAUCUCAUCGGGACCACCGCCAGAAGUAAUUUACGGAGUGGGUGGCGGAGCUCAUCCACCUUCGUUCGCGUCCGCAGCCAGCUUCGCCGGCUCUUAUCCCGCGUUCAAGAAACCCGGCCCACCCGCCACUUUCUCAUCUAAGCCUGUCUACGAGUCUGGAUUGCUGAACGAAAAUAUCGAGUUCGGCGUCAACAGCCAAUUCAUCGACAAAAAGCAAAUCGCAUUGCGACCGUCCAUUGGCUCGGACGCGGUGCAGCAGCACGUGCAUCAUCAUUAUCAUCACGGUGAGGGAGGCGUCGCGACUCCGAUCAACGCGAAUCAAGGCUAUGGCACUGGAAAUUACGGGAACAUAGGGACCAGCUACGACGUCCCCAACUCUGGCGUCCUGGGAGCUGGUUUCCAAGAUUUCGACGACUAUAAAAAGGCGUUCAAAGUGAAAGGGAGCAACGACGCGAACGGGUUGAGCGGAUCUUCGAAUAAUAAUUACGCCGAGAGAUACCCGGUGUACGAAAAACCGACGCGAGAUACUUAUGGGAAAGCUGACGGUCUUAAAACCGGCAAGUACUUCGCUGGUGCGGGAAGCAACAAUUAUAUUUCUAACGGUGUCCAGUCUAACGAUUUCAUUGCUUCCGGAACGAACAACUAUUUUGGCAAUGUUAACGACAACGACGAGUUCGGAAGCGAUUUCUCCGCGGGAGAUUGCGUUUGCGUGCCGUACGACCAGUGUCCGAGCGAGCACGCUGGGCGCAAAGAUGAUCUUUUCCUCGCUAUCGAUCCCCGUAAUCUCAACAAGAACAUCGAAGCUGAGAACGCGGAUAUCGUGACGGUAGAACAGAACAACAACGGAACUCGAGUAGCAAAAUCCAGUGAAGUCGACGGGAACGAACAGUUGGAGGAAUCGCAGGAGAACGCUAGGAGCAAACGAGAGGCAACUAACGACGAAUCCAUCGAGGGUAGGAAGAAGAACGUAGAAGGGAGACUCGACGCUAGCGAUCUGGACUCCUCGAAAUUAAACCUGAAGCCGACGUGGGGGAUCAGUUUCGGACUACCGCAAACCGGUGGCCCGUACCCGAUCGGUCCUCACGGUGACAAUGUACUGGUGAACCCGUACAAUGGGUACGGCUCGGCCGGUCAGGGCAUUAAUUUAGGCCUGGUUUCGGUGAACCCUCUGCUAGCCGUGCAAUUCACCAAAGACGAGUACGGAGAUAAGGUGGUAAAGCCGUUCGUGAAUUUGCACGUGACGCCGAGUCAACAUAUCGUGCAUAAACUCGGCCAUCUGCUCUCUCACAAGAAGCAAGCGUUGUUCGAUAGUUACGGACCGAAUUACGCCUCUCAUUACUACCCUUCCAAGCCUGCCGUGAUCUACGAAAAACCGUACCACACGAAACCUAUUUAUCGUCCCCCUAAUCACUACCACGAGUACCCUGAUUCCUAUUAUCGAGACGGCGAUGACGAUUACGAUUACGAUUAUGAUUACGAUGACCGCUACUAUGCGCGUAGCAACGGUAAGGAAACGCCCGAUGCUAAAGAAAGAACUGGGAGAGUAUCGUUUCCGAACAGAAGAAAGCGUGACGCGCAACAAUUACAGUUACCGAAAGAUGCGAUGGAGAGACAGUACGGAGGCAUCGGCUCGCAACGAGUGUGCGGACCUGGCUACGUGUGCUGUCCACGAAGGCAACCGUCGCGGAAACCCCGACCUGGUCAGUGUGGAAUCAGAUACACUCAAGGAAUCAAUGGGAGAAUCAAGACCCCGUCGUACGUCGACGGUGACGCCGAAUUUGGUGAAUAUCCCUGGCAAGUAGCGAUAUUGAAGAAGGACCCUACAGAGAGUGUUUAUGUGUGCGGCGGUACCCUGAUCUCUCCACGACACAUUCUCACGGCGGCGCAUUGCGUGAAGACGUAUGCGGCUCGCGAUCUUCGCGUUCGACUUGGAGAAUGGGACGUGAACCAUGACGUUGAAUUCUAUCCCUACAUAGAACGCGACGUGUCGAGCGUCAACGUGCACCCAGAAUUCUACGCUGGCACGCUUUACAAUGAUAUCGCUAUAUUAAGGAUCGAUCACGAAGUCGAUUUCCAAAAGAACCCUCACAUCAGCCCGGCCUGUCUGCCGGACAAACGCGAUGACUUCACUAGAAACAGGUGCUGGACGACCGGAUGGGGCAAAGACGCUUUCGGAGACUUUGGAAAGUAUCAAAAUAUUCUAAAGGAAGUGGAUGUGCCGAUUGUGAACAACCAGAUCUGCGAGCAACAAAUGAGGCGAACCAGAUUGGGACCUGGUUUUAAUUUGCACCCUGGAUUUAUUUGCGCGGGUGGAGAAGAAGGGAAGGACGCUUGCAAGGGAGACGGAGGUGGACCGAUGGUCUGCGAACGCAACGGUCGCUGGCAGUUGGCCGGUGUCGUGUCUUGGGGAAUCGGUUGCGGACAACCAGGAGUUCCAGGCGUUUACGCUCGCGUUUCGCACUACCUCGACUGGAUUCAGCAAGUUGUCAAUCGUUAUUAACGCUUAAAUACCCGGCAUUGAAUUUGUAACUGUAACAUUGUUAUUAUUAUAAUAAGUUAAUGAAGCCGAGCGUUUAAGCGUUAAAAAUCGCGACAACUAUUGUUUGUAUUGUUAUGCUAUACGUUCGACCUCGAUCUCCAUUUUCUAUCAACGACGACACGAAGAGUCGAGAAACUAUGUAUAACCGAUAAUUUAUUAUUAUACACAGAUUUGUGUACACAGACGUAGGAUGUUAAGUAAAUUAAUUCUUUGAUACCGCUUGCAUGUGAUGAUUAGACGAUACCAACUCAAGCUGUAAAUAUUCUUAAACUGUUGAAGCAAUGUGUAUUGCAAAUUGUAUUUCUGCCAUUUGUUAAGAAAAGUUGUAUUUAAGAUUAAGAAAGUGAAUAAAUUCAUUCGCUCAACAUCCA